AUGUCCGCCGCGCCGCCCCAGCACCAGCGGCGCCCCAGCGCGGGCAGGCGCGCCAGGGUGACGGUGAAGAACACCUUCAUAAGCGAGGUCGACAGCCCAGACUGCCCGUCGCCGGGCCCCUUCGGCGCUUCCAAGACGUGGGCGGCUGGCACGGAGCCUGACGUGGAGUCUGUGGCCGGUCCGCGCCCACCAGUGCGGGGCUCGCGCGUGCCCGUGCCCGGGUGCGCUGGCGACGCGCAUUGCGAGCCUUUCGGCUGCCGCGAGACCGAGAGCGCGGGCCUGUUUGCGGGGCGCGCGUGCCUGGGCCAGCGGCCGCCUUCGCGCAGUCCCUCGCCGUGCUACGUGAGCAUCGGGGAGGAGUCGCCGUUCUGGGCAGGCCUUGGCAAGCGCCCGGGGCUGCGCCUGUCCCUGCGGCCGCCGAGGUCGUCCGCCGGCCUGGACGGCCAAGCCACGCCGGCUGGCACGGCCUCGCGCUGGCCGUCUGCCGACCUCGGGGCGUUGCCCACGCCCGCCCUCACCGCGUCCCGGUGGCCUUCAGCGGAGCUUGGUGCGCCUGGGCAUGCAUCGGGACCGCCGACCCCGGCUUGCACUGCCUCCAGGUGGGCCUCGGCCGACCUGGGCGAGUGCGCAAGUGAUUUGGCAGUCGCGCUUGACCAAUCGACCAACUCGGAGGUCUCCACGGGCAGCGAAGGAGCUUGCAGCAGCCUUACGUGGAGUGCCGACCAGCAGGCGGUGGGCGAGAAGCACUGGGAGUGGCACCCGGCGCCACCCCGCGUUGACUUCGAGCCGCCGCUGGCCUUCCCUGACCUGGCCGUCUCCGGUUCGCCAGCGGCCGUGGUCGCGCCGAUCGCCGUCUCGCACCAGCGCGUGGGCACGCCCCUCUCUCUGUCGGCCGCCAUCGGUGGACCAGACGACCGCGAGCUGGAGAGUUGUGGCGCAAGUGCUUGCCCGCUGCACCUGCCAGGCCCAGGCACGCUUGGGGGGCCUCUCGGCGGGAGCCUGCACCCUGCCGCGGUGGUCGCCGCCUGCCAGCGGCAGCUGCAGCUCGCGCACAUGGCCAGGCUGGCGGCGACCAUGUGCGCCCACCUGCCGGCGCCUCCAGGCCUCCCCCCCACAUUCCAGCCCGCCGCCCAGCCGCCCGCCGUGGAGCCCGCGGCAGCGCAGGGGUCCUGGCAGUGCCACGCGGCCUCCGCGGCGCCGGGGGGCCGCGCCUCCAGCGGCACGGCCUCUGCCAUCGCGCCCGCAGCCGCCCUCGGCGGUUGCCGCGGCUGCGCCUGCGGCGGCGGCGGUGGCGGCCCGGCGCGCCCGAGCCAGCCGGGUGCCUCGGCAGCGGCGCACGCCCCUGGCACUGGAGUCUCGGCGGGGCGCGGCCGCCCACAGGGCUCCCGGCGGCUGCGCAUGUGGGCACACCUCCACCUCCACAUGCAGGCCCCCGGGUUCGACCAGGUCCCCCGUCUCAUCGGGCGCGGGGGGUCCACCCUGCGGGGCAUCGCGGAGCGCACCGGCUCCAAGAUCCGUAUCCGCGGCCGCGGCAGCGGCCACCUCGAGGUCAAUGGCACCAGCGAGGCUCCGUGUCCGCUCAUGGUCGCCGUGACCACGGAUCGUCAGGACAACGCAGGCUUCGCCUCGGCCGUUGAGGGCGUCGUGCGGGAACUGCGCGCGUUGGAGCGACGGUUCCACGCGUUCUGCGAGCAGCGCGGCGUGCAGCACGAGGGCCCAGGCUUCAGCGUUGGGUUGCUCGGUCCCGGUGCCCAGGACCUCCUCGGCCAGGCCCUGGAAGGGGUAGCAGAGAGCCGGGCUAGCUGA